GCCUGCCGUCUCCUGCGAAGCUGCUGAGCCAGAGGGGGACCAGGGAGAGGUCCUAGCCUGGACCCUUUACUCUGGGGCAGACUCACUCUGCUGUGAGAGGUUGAAAGUCAGAGAUCCCUUGUGGUCUCCAAAGGUCAGGGGGCUGCUGGCAGAGGAAUGGGAAAAACGGAGGCUUAAAAAAAAUACGCUGCUGAAAUUUCAGCAAGAGGGGAAAAGAGAGAGCGCGUGAGAGAGAGACAGCAGAGCAGUCCCAGGCUUCCUCAUCUCGUUCACGUCAGAGGCAGGAACCGACUGUGCUAAGGCUGUUGGCUCAACACGCAGAGACAGGCAGGAGCAGACCCAGGAGAGGAAGAGCCGGGGGUCCUCCCUGACCCGACCAGUUACCACUGGUGGAGCAAGCCGCCUGACUUUUUGAUCUUAUUGGGGCUGCCUCCGCUUCUCCUUCCACUCGCAGCCCUGCCGGCUUGGAUUUCGUUCCUGUCUUGGAGCCUGCUCCCUUCCUCUCGGAGAAGGAGGAAGGGAAGAGAAGCGAGCGAGGUGGGCUCUAGGUGAGCGCAUCAGCUGGCUCAGCCGAACACACAGGAAUCCUUCCCAGGGAGCCGCUCUGCUCCAGCCGGCACCGGCCCGGGCUCUGGCUCAUCCCACUGCACAGAGAGUGAUCUCUUCUGGAGUCAGGGUUAAAGAGUGUGCAGACAGCAGCGAGAGGCAACCCCGAGACUCCAUCACAAAAGAUUCCCACAACUCCAUGCCGUGUGCUGAAGGCUGGUCUUGAACGAGCUCUGGCUGAGAGAAUGGGGGCAGAUGGGGAAACAGUGGUCCUGAAGAAUAUGCUUAUCGGUGUCAACCUGAUCCUUCUGGGCUCCAUGCUCAAGCCCUCAGAGUGUCAGCUGGAGGUGAGCACGGAAAGAGUCCAGAGGCAGGCAGUGGAGGACGAAGGAGGCAUGGGCAACUACAGCACAUCCAGCAAAGAGCAGCCCAUGGUCUUCAACCACGUGUACAACAUUAACGUACCCCUGGACAGCCUCUGCUCCUCGGGGUUAGAGGCCUCGGCCGAGCAGGAGGUGAGCGCGGAAGAGGAGACUCUGGCAGAGUACACAGGGCAGACCUCAGACCACGAGAGCCAGGUCACCUUCACCCACAGGAUCAACCUCCCCAAAAAGGCCUGCCCGUGUGCCGGCUCCGCCCAGGUGCUGCAGGAGCUGCUGAGCCGGAUCGAGAUGCUGGAGAGGGAGGUGUCAGUGCUGCGGGACCAGUGUGCCACCAACUGCUGUCAAGAAAGCGCGGCCACAGGACAACUGGACUACAUCCCUCACUGCAGCGGCCACGGCAACUUUAGCCUGGAGUCCUGUGGCUGCAUCUGCAACGAAGGCUGGUUUGGCAAGAACUGCUCAGAGCCCUACUGCCCGCUGGGCUGCUCCAGUCGGGGCGUGUGCGUGGACGGCCAGUGCAUCUGUGACAGCGAAUACAGUGGGGACGACUGCUCUGAGCUCCGGUGCCCCACGGACUGCAGCUCCCGGGGGCUGUGCGUGGACGGGGAGUGCGUCUGUGAAGAGCCCUACACGGGAGAGGACUGCCGGGAGCUGAGGUGCCCCGGCGACUGCUCAGGGAAGGGGACCUGUGCCAACGGCACCUGUUUAUGCCAGGAGGGCUACGUCGGCGAGGACUGCGGCCAGCGGCGGUGUCUGAAUGCCUGCAGCGGGCGAGGACACUGCCAGGAGGGGCUCUGCGUCUGUGAAGAGGGCUACCAGGGCCCUGACUGCUCGGCAGUUGCCCCUCCAGAGGACUUGCGAGUGGCUGGUAUCAGCGACAGGUCCAUUGAGCUGGAAUGGGACGGGCCGAUGGCAGUGACGGAAUAUGUGAUCUCUUACCAGCCGACGGCCCGGGGGGGCCUCCAGCUCCAGCAGCGGGUGCCUGGAGAUUGGAGUGGUGUCACCAUCACGGAGCUGGAGCCAGGUCUCACCUACAACAUCAGCGUCUACGCUGUCAUUAGCAACAUCCCCAGCCUUCCCAUCACUGCCAAGGUGGCCACCCAUCUCUCCACUCCUCAAGGGCUGCAAUUCAAGACAAUUACGGAGACGACCGUGGAGGUGCAGUGGGAGCCCUUCUCGUUCUCCUUCGAUGGGUGGGAGAUCAGCUUCAUCCCAAAGAACAAUGAAGGAGGAGUGAUUGCUCAGCUUCCAAGUGACGUCACCUCCUUUAACCAGACUGGGCUAAAGCCUGGGGAGGAAUACAUUGUCAAUGUGGUGGCCCUGAAGGAACAAGCCCGGAGCCCCCCAACCUCGGCCAGCGUCUCCACUGUCAUUGAUGGGCCCACGCAGAUCCUGGUUCGAGAUGUCUCUGACACUGUGGCCUUUGUAGAGUGGACCCCACCUCGAGCUAAAGUUGAUUUCAUUCUCUUGAAAUAUGGCUUGGUGGGCGGGGAAGGCGGGAAGACCACCUUCCGGCUGCAGCCUCCCCUCAGCCAGUAUUCGGUGCAAGCGCUGCGGCCCGGCGCCCGCUACACGGUGUCAGUCAGUGCGGUCCGAGGGGCCAACGAGAGCGCGUCCACCACCACCGAAUUCACAACAGAGAUUGAUGCCCCCAAGAAUUUACGAGUCGGCUCCCGCACAGCAACCAGCCUUGACCUUGAGUGGGAUAACAGCGAGGCAGAAGUUCAGGAAUACAAGGUUGUGUACAGCACCUUGGCCGGGGAGCAAUACCAUGAGGUGCUGGUCCCUAAAGGCAUUGGUCCAACCACCAGAGCUACCCUCACAGAUCUGAUACCUGGCACCGAGUAUGGAGUUGGAAUAUCUGCCGUCAUGAACUCCCAACAAAGCGUGCCGGCCACCAUGAAUGCCAGGACAGAACUGGACAGUCCCCGAGACCUCAUGGUGACAGCCUCCUCAGAGACCUCCAUCUCCCUCAUCUGGACCAAGGCCAGUGGCCCCAUUGACCACUACCGAAUUACCUUUACCCCAUCCUCUGGGAUUGCCUCUGAAGUCACUGUGCCCAAGGACAGAACCUCGUAUACACUGACAGAUCUGGAGCCUGGGGCAGAGUACAUCAUUUCCAUCACCGCGGAGAGGGGUCGGCAGCAGAGCUUGGAGUCCACUGUGGACGCCUUCACAGGCUUCCGCCCCAUCUCCCACUUGCACUUUUCUCAUGUGACCUCCUCCAGUGUCAACAUCACCUGGAGUGACCCGUCUCCCCCAGCAGACAGACUCAUUUUGAACUACAGCCCCCGGGAUGAAGAGGAAGAGAUGAUGGAGGUCUCCUUGGAUGCCACCAAGAGACACGCUGUCCUGAAGGGUCUGCAGCCAGCCACCGAGUAUAUCGUGAACCUGGUGGCUGUCCAUGGCACAGUGACCUCAGAGCCCAUCGUGGGCUCCAUCACCACAGGAAUUGACCCUCCCAAAGACAUCACGAUUAGCAACGUGACCAAGGACUCAGUGAUGGUGUCCUGGAGCCCUCCUGUUGCAUCUUUUGAUUACUACCGAGUGUCAUAUCGACCCACCCAAGUAGGACGGCUGGACAGCUCAGUGGUGCCCAACACAGUGACAGAAUUCACCAUCUCCAGGCUGCACCCAGCCACUGAAUAUGAAAUCAGCCUCAACAGUGUGCGGGGCAGGGAGGAGAGCGAGCGCAUCUGCACUCUGGUGCACACAGCCAUGGAUAACCCUGUGGAUCUGAUCGCUACCAACAUCACCCCCACGGAAGCCCUGCUGCAGUGGAAGGCUCCAGCCGGUGAUGUGGAGAACUAUGUCAUUGUCCUCACACACUUCUCAGUUGCUGGAGAGACCAUCUUGGUUGAUGGAGUCCGUGAGGAAUUCCAGCUCAUCGACCUGCUUCCAAGCACCCACUACACCGUCACCAUGUAUGCCACCAGUGGACCUCUCACCAGCAGCACCGUCAGCACCAACUUUUCUACCCUCCUGGACCCUCCCGCAAACCUGACUGCCAGUGAAGUCACCAGACAGAGCGCACUGAUCUCCUGGCAGCCUCCCAGGGCGGAGAUCGAGAAUUAUGUCCUAACGUACAGAUCCACGGAUGGAAGCCGCAAGGAGCUGAUCGUGGAUGCAGAGGACACCUGGAUCCGGCUGGAGGGGCUGUUGGAGAACACCGACUACACCGUGCUCCUGCAGGCGGCCCAGGAUGCCACCAGGAGCAGCAUCACCUCCACUGCCUUCACCACAGGGGGCCGAGUAUUCUCUCACCCUCAAGACUGUGCCCAACAUCUGAUGAACGGAGACGCUCUGAGCGGAGUGUACACCAUCUUCCUCAAUGGGGAGCUGAGCCAGAAGUUGCCGGUGUACUGCGACAUGACCACAGACGGCGGUGGCUGGAUCGUAUUCCAGAGGCGGCAGAAUGGCCAAACUGAUUUUUUCCGGAAGUGGGCAGACUACCGCAUGGGUUUCGGGAGCCUGGAGGACGAGUUUUGGCUAGGGCUGGACAACAUACACAGGAUCACGUCCCAGGGCCGCUACGAGCUGCGUGUGGAUAUGCGAGACGGACAGGAGGCGGCCUUCGCCUACUACGACAAGUUCUCCGUGGAGGACGGCAGGAGCCUGUACAAACUCCGCAUCGGAAGCUACAAUGGCACUGCAGGGGACUCCCUCAGCUAUCACCAGGGACGCCCGUUCUCCACAGAGGACCGAGACAAUGACGUGGCUGUUACCAACUGCGCCAUGUCGUACAAGGGAGCUUGGUGGUAUAAGAACUGCCACCGGACCAACCUCAACGGGAAGUACGGGGAGUCCAGGCACAGUCAGGGGAUCAACUGGUACCACUGGAAAGGCCACGAGUUCUCCAUCCCCUUCGUGGAAAUGAAGAUGCGGCCCUACAACCACCGUCUCACCGCGGGGAGGAAGCGGCGGGCCCUGCGGUUCUGAACAGUGGGCAGUUGAUCUUCCUGUCAUUUGUUUGUAUUUUGUAAUAUGCCACAAGGGGGGAGGGUCAUAAUGAUGUGCUUUGCGACAUAUUCAGAGUACUCGGAGGAGGCAGGGCGUAGCAGGAAUCAGUGACUGCCACCGCUCCUAGUUUCUGCUGCCUGGGAGCCUGACCCCAGCUCUGUCUGCACUGGCCCUCCUCACCAGUCAUCCCCGACCUUCCCCUCCUCUCCCAACAAGGAGGAAACGUGGGAAGUUUGCUUGAAAGACACUUUGAAGGCCCCUCGUGGAGUGCGGGUUGCUGCAGUGACGCGGGCCUUCUUGUUCGACCCUGCUCCUGAGAUGCCUCUACCUUCCAGGUAGCCUUGGUCUGGCCAUGGCCUUCCACCGGCCCAGAGAAGCAGCCUCAGCCAGGGAGCUUGGCCAACAACUCCCCUUCAGAGGGCAGAACCCCGCCACACCCUGACCGGAGGGCCGGAGUCCUUCAGAAUGGGCCGAAGACCAUCCUCUCUGCCACUCUUACUUUUAAGCACUGCGGCCUCUUCCCAGUUGCUUAGCCCUUUCCCUACCUGCAGUCCCCUUAGACCCCAAGGUCCCACCCACCCCACCGCUAAUCUGGAAUCAGUUCCCAAGGCGUUGCCCACUCCUGGCCCUGGGUGGUGUGGUGGCUGUGUCCCCAGGAGUCUCAAGCCACUGUCCCCACCUCAGGGCAGCCAGUCUAUAGUUUCUUGGUGGCAGGAAGGAGAGAUGGCUGUGUUUCCAGCAGUCUGGGUGGGGCAUCUGGAGACGACAGGUUCAACGGGAAACACGGCCUAUGCCCAGCUCAUUUUCUCCAUUUCCAGUCUGAGUUGUCAUGGACAUUUUUAAAAACUUGCCAACAGAAGGCCUUACUUCUGUCUUCUGCCAAGCUCUCCUUGGUACAGGUGACUCAAUAAGAGUCAGGAAAAGAAGUUGUAAGACCCAUCAGCCGUUCAUCCCCUGACGGGGAGUCCUGGGAGGAGGCAGAAUGUUUGUUUUAGGAGGUUUUAUUUUACUUAACUUUAUUUUAUUUUAUGUUCUUCCUGUGGGAAACAGAAAUGACCCCUGGAUGAGUUGAGAUCAUGGGAAGUCUUUCUCCAUCUUCCUUGUUAUAAAUGAGCGGUACCAGAGGAGACAGCAUUUAGAAAUCUCAAGGUGGGAAGGGCGGAUGGGCCUGUUUCUGGGAUGAGAGGUGCUGCCUCCACCAGUGGCUGGAGUUUUAACCCGAGAGAGCUGGAGGCGCUAGAAGCUGUGGCCUCUCUACUUCCCCUCGACAUCAAAUGCCAGCCGCCACCUUCCCUGGACAAGUCUGUGUCCCAUCCAGGGCUGCCUUCUACCUUUCCUCUCCCAUUCCUUAGGUCCCAUUCUGUCCUGGGCAGGGCCACUUUGUCAAACACAGGUAUUGUGUACCUUUGCCAACCAGUUACUGGACAAGCCUGAGAUCUAGCAACUUUCUGAUAGAAAUAUCCACACUCUGACCAUAUUUUGAUGACCCUGAAGGGACAGUCCCUUCUGGUGUCAGGAGGAUGAAGUCAGCCUGACAUUUACUGUAGCCUCUCCCUUUUGUGCGCUCCAACAAGGCUUUGUCCACUACCGGGCUAUAGACAGGGUUGACAUACCUGGGGCCAAAAAAUGUAGGUGGUGUUUUCAUUUCUCAGUUCACCAUGGGCUUCACAAAACUAAGAGAAGGAACAAGAUAAAUGUGUCAAUUUAAUAAGAUUCAGCCUGAGCAGGACAACCACAGAGAGAGGGAGGCAUACUGGAUACAGAACUCAAGAGCUAAGGGACAGGUCUUCCUUUGCCGUGUCGCUAGCUGCACGACUUUGGGUAGGAUGUUUCACGUCUCUGGGCCUCAGUUUCCUUGACUGUUGAAUGAGAGACUAGAAAAAAUUCAACUUCUCUUUCAGUUUGCACAGUCAAUAGUGCUAGUGGAGGGCCUGAAAAUCCAUGAGAUUGGUGAACACAGUGAGGUCAUAGAAAUCUGCCAGAAGCCCUGUGGAGGGAGGGCAGGGCAGAAAGAAGGAAGACAAGUAA